AUGUACAGAAACAUUGCUCGCGGAGUCGCACGUAGGGCUGUGAUUGCCUCUACUCCAGUUACUGCCCGUUUUUUGGCCACCAAGGCCGUCAGGCCAUCGCUGACACAACCGACGAUCUUAACACCCUUCCGCGCUCGCGUUCUAGCUGGUUCGAUCCGCUCAUAUGCCGAUAACAAGUUUUCUCGUGCAAAGCCUCAUCUCAAUAUCGGCACAAUUGGGCAUGUUGAUCAUGGCAAGACCACUUUGACAGCAGCCAUCACAAAAGUACUCUCUGAAGCCGGAGGAGGGAAAUUUAUCGACUAUUCGCAGAUCGACAAGGCCCCAGAAGAAAAGGCGCGUGGUAUCACUAUCAACUCGUCUCAUGUUGAGUAUGAGACCGAGAAUCGUCAUUAUGGCCAUAUUGAUUGUCCUGGACAUGCUGACUACAUCAAGAACAUGAUCACUGGUGCUGCUCAAAUGGACGGAGCUAUUAUUGUUGUCUCCGCAUCCGAUGGACAAAUGCCUCAAACUCGCGAGCACUUGCUUCUUGCACGACAGGUCGGCAUCAAGAAACUUGUCGUGUUCAUCAACAAAGUUGAUCAAAUCGACGAUCCCGAAAUGUUGGAACUCGUGGAUAUGGAGAUGCGCGAACUGCUUGGUACCUAUAACUUUGACGGAGAGACCACACCCAUUAUUAUGGGCUCGGCGCUGGCAGCUUUGGAAAAUCGCGACCCAGAGAUCGGCGCAGAGAAAAUCAAGGCUUUAGUUAAAGCUUGCGAUGAAUGGCUUGAAGUUCCUCCUCGCGAUCUUGAGCAGCCAUUCCUGAUGCCAAUCGAAGAUGUGUUUUCGAUCUCCGGACGAGGCACUGUAUGCACAGGACGUAUCGAGGUUGAGCGCGGUGUGAUCAACAAGAACACUGAAGUUGAAAUAGUUGGCCUUGGCAACUCGUUCAAGACUACCCUGACUGGUAUUGAGAUGUUCCACAAGGAGUUGGAUCGGGGCGAGGCAGGGGACAACAUGGGCGCAUUGCUCCGUGGAGUGAAGCGUGAACAGGUCAAACGUGGACAGAUUCUAUGUGCCCCUGGCUCAAUGAAGUCUGUGAAGAAGUUCAAGGCUCAGGUUUAUGUUUUAAGUAAAGACGAAGGAGGGCGAUACACCCCGUUCAUGAGCAACUACCGCCCCCAAUUAUUCAUUCGAACUGCCGAUGUGACCGUGGGUCUUACCUUCCCUCCAGGCACGGAGAAUCCGGACGAGAAGAUGGUAAUGCCUGGCGAUAAUGUUGAACUGAUUGGUGACUUGGUCCACGAUGUUGCAAUGGAGAAGGGUUCUCGAUUCACUCUGCGCGAAGGCGGCAAGACCAUUGGUACCGGUAUUGUGACCGAGAUUUAUGAAUAA